AUGGCAGCUGAAGCUUUAGUUCCACUGGAAUCCAAUCCUGAUGUUAUCAACAAGUUUCUUCAGAAACAUGGAGUUUCUACAAAAUGGAAUAUUGUAGACGUGAUGGGGCUUGAACCUGAGAUGUUAUCUUGGGUCCCCAGCCCUUCCGUAGCUGUGACUCUUUUGUUUCCUUUGUCGGAAGCUUAUGAAGAAUAUAAAAGAAAUGAAGAAGCAGAAAUUCUUUCCAAAGGUCAAGAAGUGUCAAAACAUUUAUUUUAUAUGAAACAAAAUAUCAGCAAUGCAUGUGGCACAAUUGCUGUCAUCCAUGCUGUUGCAAAUAAUACUGAUAAGAUUGAAAUUGCUGAUGGUCACUUGAAAAAGUUUCUUGAAUCAGCUAAGGACUUGGAUCCUACAGCUCGCAGUACAUUGUUCAAUAACAGUGAAGGUAUAAUCAAUGCUCACAAAGAACUAGCACAGGAAGGUCAAACUCAAGCCAAUCCUGAUGAACCUGUAAAUCAUCACUUCAUAACUUUUGUACACAAGGAUGGUGCAUUGUAUGAAUUGGAUGGCCGUAAAGCUUUUCCUAUCAAUCAUGGCCCUACAUCUCCAGAGACAUUUCUGGAAGAUGCUGCCAAAGUUUGUAAGGAAUUCAUGGCAAGAGAUCCCAAUGAGGUGCGAUUUACUGUAAUGGCACUAGCUGCUACGGAAUAA